AUGCAGCAAGGACUAUGUUCCGACAGAUUGUCUGUCGAUCGACUCGUCAUUCUGUGGGCUUACGCCGACCCUGCCCCAGUUUCCAUCGUCGCAUUUAGGGAUCCAAGAACAGGUGAGGGCGGGGAUGGCAUUCUUAUGCGGGAGACGAGGGAAGGCCAAUUGGGAGAGUUGGGAUAUGUAGAAGAGGGGAAGAAGACGAAGGUGAAGUUUGGGAUCCCCACAAGGCCGCUUACGGCGAAGACAAUGAUGGCGGCGAGGGAGAUGAGCUGGGUGAAGGCUUGA